UGGGGUCUACUUUCCACUGGUUACCCUUACGUCCUACUUGGUAAUCUGAAAUCAAUUUUUGCCCAUUUCUACAUCGGCGCUCCUCCUGAAAAUUGACGGCGAAUCAGAAUCUUGAGCUGGAAAGUGAAAUGUCUUCUGGAAAUUCUUUAUCUGUACUAGGGUAUAUGCAUAUAUGUAGCCAAAAAUCUAAAUCGUAUUCUGUUGGGUGCUUUUUGUAUUUCAGUUUUUCUGCUGGUGAUUUUGCUGUACUCCGGCGACCGAAGCCUCCAAUUUUUCGUCCGCAAAAUGAUCAAUACAAAGUGGGCAGAAGGUUUAGGAGCAACUCAGGACAGAAAAUGAGAACCCCCGCGGCCACCGUCCGUUUUCGAACCGCUGACGGUCGCCUCAAGUAUCCUGGCUUCCUCACAACUGCUAAGAAACACAAAUCAACCUUUGUGCAGCUCUACAUUAUGUGUGGAGUCCUAGUGAUGAGCAUAGGAUCUCUCGGCCAGAAGUACCGCCUUCACGAGCUCACGGAGGAUGCCGUUGUCCUCAAAGAAGAGCAAGAGAGCAUCAUUGCUCGCAUGAAUCACAUCAAGCAGAGUCUACGUGCUGAGGCCGCAGCCGAGCCCACAGGAGCUUUCGCAGCUAGGCUUCGCCUCCUCCUCGGAGAUGAAUGAUGCACCCCUUCCUUCUCCCUCUAAAUAAGCUUGAUUUUAUGAAUGGUCGCUGUUUUUGGUGAAUGAUUUGUAUAGAGUUUUAUUAAUAAUUUUGUGAAAAUUAGGGAUUUAGGAAGAGUUAUGGCUGAUAUUCUUAUCCUUUGAUUGAGGAUUUUAAACUGAGGUUAUAUAUUUUUAAUGUCUUUGUUUUAUUGGACUUGGUGGUAAGUUUAUUUGAAA